AUGGAUGUUGAUCUCUACAUCGAAUUAAACCAAAGAUACUUGGAUGUUGACGAGAGUAAUCUUAAAGAAACGGCCUCAUUCAUAGCCAACUGUGAUAUUGGCAAUUUUUCUAUUGGCCGAACAAUUAUUGCUCAAUAUUUCAUAAAAACAUUCAGAGUUAGACCUAAAAAACUUAAUAUAAUUGCAGAUCUAUUCGCCCAGGUCAUCAAUACACCAGCCACUUACAAUGUCAAAGAAUUACCAAUCAAAUUAUUGGAUUAUUGCUUCGGAUAUGACAACGAAAGUGACUACAAACUUAAAAUACGCGCAUUUUACUUCAUAAGGAAACUCUUAUCUAAAGGAAUUUACAACAUUGAUUCAGAUAUUUUGCCAAGAUUGUUAACAAACAUCGAAUGGCACGAAAGCUGCCGUCCAUACAUCUUCAAUUGUUGUUGCUGGGCUCCAGAAAUUGAUCACGUUCGUCCUGGCUUUUUUGAUAAAAUAAAUCUAGACCAUGCAACAGACAUUGAGCAUCUGAAAGACUUUUUCACACAUCUAGAGGAACUUAGAGCCGAUGGCUGGUCCCUUUUCUUCCGUUCUAUUGAGAAUGAAGAAGUUCCAGGUUCCAUUGCUGAUAUAAUCAUGAAAGAUGAUAUAGAUUCAUUCAUAAACCUUGGCGCAAGUAAUCCAGACUUCAACUACAACGGUGUUUUGCCCAUAAGUUUCUUUGAACACCGAACAAUGCUUCAAAGAGGCACUCAUUACAUACAAGCGGCUGCAUUCUUUGGCUCCAUACAAAUUCUCAAAUUUCUUAUCCUUAAAGACAUUCCAAUCAAUACGAAAGACAUGUUCGAAUACAUUACAUCUCAAUAUGCAGUUUGUGGCGGCUCUUUGGAGGCCAUCAGGCUGUGCGAACAAGCCGGUGCAAGCUUCCUAGGCUGUGCGCAACUCGCUAUUGAGUAUUUCCAACAAGAUGUCUUAGGAUGGAUAUAUGAUAACCAGCCAAAGAAAGUUUGGAACUUGGACAUGUACAAUCGUGGCCGCAUACAUAAUGCCAGCCUCGUUGGCAAUCUAGCUGCCUUCUUAGAGGCUAUAGAGACCGGAGAUAGAAUUGAUCAACCGAUGGAAGACGCUCUACCCAUUAUUCUUGCUGUUAAAUGCAACAGCUUCGAGAUCGUCCAGUACAUUCUUCUCCAAAAUCCCGAAGGAGUUGAUAAAAUUAUCUAUCAGCACCAAACUCUCAUGCAAGUUGCCAUUUCAUACGCUAAAGAUGAGAUGAUUGACCUCCUGAUACAAAUGCUCCCGAACUGGAACCAUUGGCAAGGUUUUCAUAAAGAUUUAAACGAUCUUUACAUUGCGAUCCAUAAGAGGAGGCCAUCGUUGAUAAUGAAAUUGGCCGAGAGGAUGCACGUUAUAGAUAACCCUACCAGAUGCUAUUUUAUGAACGCUGCCAUAAGAUUAGGAUCAUUUUACGCAAUAAGAGUCAUGGCAGAGCAUCCAGACAUGUUCCCUUUCAAUCCUAAGGACAUACCAGAAAAUUUCAAUACAAUUCCGGAACUUAUUGACCUUCUGACAGAAAAACAUAUUAUAUCUCCAGAAAGAAAGGAACUUCCUGAGCACGCGCAGAUAGGGUAUGUCUAUAAGGAGUCUCCUGAUGAUUACAUUAAAGAAAAAACUGGAGUUAUGCCAGAUCCGUUCUGGAUUUGCUCAACUCAGCGGAAAUCAGCCAAAACUGUCCUUCAAUACUUGAUCAGUUCAAUAUAUAUGGGAGAUCCAAACCUAGAGUUUAUAAAUUACAAUUCAAUUGGUCCCUUGGCUUAUAUUGAAGACUCUACAGAACUUGAUACCGGAGCUCCAGAUGACGACCAGCAAAUUGACAACGAUGACGACGAAGAGGAAGAAUUUUUCGAUGAUUAUGAGGAAGAAGACGGAGAUGACAUGGUUUUGACUCCUGCUGAGCUAGCACAGCUUCUCAUGAACCUUACUAAUCAUGACCAGGAAGAAGGAGAUCAUAAUGACCAUAAUAAUGAUCAUCAUGAUCAUAAUAAUGAAAUUGAUCAUAAUAAUGAUGAUCAUCAUGAUGAAAUUGAUCAUAAUCAUCAUAAUGAUCAUCAUGAUGACGUUAAUUUCCCUUGA